AUGUUAGCUGCUGCUCGCGAUCACGCUCUGGAUUUUGGCAAACAACCCUCCCUGGUGAUAUGGGUGGCUAACAAUGACGUACGUGACCCAGUCACAGCACUCGGCACUCGUGGCCAACCAAUAAUCGUGAGAUGGAUGGUUGCGGGUGGAGGGUCACUUACUAAGUUCAUCAUUCACCCAGGCGACGGUGCGUACGAACAUAGGCAGACAAGUUGA